CUUAUAAUUUUUAGUUAAAAAAUUCUGCAAAAUGUCGACUAUGGUGAAGUUGAUCUCCCAAGAAGGAGAAAUAGUAGAAGUAGACCAAGAAACAGUCAUGCUAUCAGUCCUUAUUAAGUCAAUGAUCGAUGACAGUGGAACAGAUGAAGAUAUUCCUCUCCCAAAUGUGUCAAAGAGUAUAUUAGAGAAAGUUUUAGAAUUCUGAAAGCAUGUCAAAGAGCAUCCUCUCCAAGAAAUAGAAAAGCCACUUAAGUCAGACAAGCUUAGAGAUAUUAUUCCUGAAUGGUAUGCUGAUUUUGUUGAUGUAGAACAAGAGAUUCUUUUUGAAAUUAUUCUUGCAGCAAAUUAUUUGGAUAUAAAGCCAUUAUUAGAACUAGCCUGAGCAAAGGUAGCAACCAUGAUUAAAGGAAAAUCAGUCUCAGAUGUUAGAAAGACCUUCAACAUUGAAAACGACUUGACUCCAGAGGAAGAAGCUCAAAUAUUGGAAGAAAAUAAAUGGGCUGAGGAAGCCAUUCAAUAAUCAAGCACAUUCAAAUUUUUAAUAACAAAAG